AUGGAAUCGCUGCGCUUUUCACGGAGUGGCGUUUGCACACACAUUCAUACUUUCCUUGUAUUUGCAGCUGGCAAAGAUUCAGAGCUCCACCAAUGGAAACCGCUGGCUACGCGUGGGUGCCUGCAUUCCAGAUGCUUGCGUGGACCAUUUCAGCCAACUUGCGCUGCCGCGGAUCUUGGAACUACGCGCUCUGUGUCACUGCCUUCCGCAUGGCCUUGUGCCUCAACAAGCCUACCCAACAGCCAGGAGACCGAGGUCCUCUGCCGUGAGCGUAUUGAAGCGGAGCAGACAGAUGCGGGGUGUCUGUCUGAACGGUGCAAGUGGAAGUACCUCAGCCAGAAGUUGCAGAUGGAAGGCCUGUUUGGCGCGCAGGUGCGAAGCGUCCCCACAAAGGUUGAAGCGGAAAUGGGCCCUGAGGCAGAUGUCCUUCAUGUGGAGAUUGCUGCACGCCACUAUUCCGCUUGCCACCGGCUUGGGGGCCAGUUUUUCGGAGCUGCAUUUGUGACUCGCGACGGUGACUAUGACCUCGGUGUCUGUGCACCUGUUGCUUGCCCUGUGAAUGCUGUCAGAUGGUGGACCGUGGAGAUUAUGUCGAUGUGGCAUCCAGGUUUCUCGGUUCCAGCGCAGAACAUCACCGUUACUGAGCUGGCUCACAUAGCGGAGGUCGAUCUCCAGUGGGUCAUUGCCGGAGUUGGUCGUAGCGGUACAACAUCCCUGGCUGCAUGGUUAAAGCAACAUCCGCAGCUGGAGCUACUGGCGGAUCCAGCGGACGUUUGCCUGGAAGGAGGUCUCAACUACCUUUUCCGGCGCACAUAUUUGCAGCACCUGGUCCCUCGCAAGCUGCUUGGGCCCGUAGGGGCGCCUCACCUCGGCGGGCAAAAAACACUACGUGGCACCAAGGAUUGGAGUUUGCUCCAGUUUCAACAAGGGCGACGAGUCCUUGGCCAGCUGAAGCAGGUCCGCGUGCUGGUCAUCGUGAAGGACUGGCUGGACUGGCUGAAGAGCGCAAGCAGCCCUUCCGUGGAUGUGAGAUCGUUAGAGGAGCUUCUGGGUAAUGGAUCGGACUGGAUGCCAUUUCACCACGCGAACGUUGCAAGCAACCUUAGAGAUGCUGAGCAACUUGGAUUAAGGUUGAGCCAGGUAAAGGUCUUCCACCUACGUGCCCUGCACGAAAGCGCUGGGCUUGACUGGCUCAAUCAUCUUGCAGUUUGGCUUGGAGCCGAGAAGCUGAACCCUGAUGACGCUGCAGGGACUUUUCAAUUUCCAUCAACAAACAGCUGGCAUCCAUCCACAUGGCAAGCUGCCUGGUAUGCAGAAGUCUGCAAACUGCCGCGCAGUGUCAUGCAGAGACUGGAGGAAAAGCGCCGAGAAGCCACCAAAGGUCUACCGGCACUGCUGAGACAGAGCCAGAAGGACAUUCCUGAGACGUUGCUACGCCCAUCAGAGCAGAAGCCUGCAGGCCGGGAGCUGAAGAAAAAACGAGUCAUGCUCCUUAGCUGCAAGAGGCCUGUGACGACAGAGGCGGAGUACGACGUUUAUCUUCCCACGCCAGAGGAGCAUGCACUGGUUGCCGUGCAGGAGGCUUCCGGUUGCGAUGCCGACUUUGUCGAAGCGGCUGCUGCGGCAGUUGAAGAAGCAGAUGAAGCAGAUUGUAGGAUGCCAGAUGAUGCGCAGGAUCAGCCCGCACUGAAGCGACUUCGUGGCAUGAUUGAAGGUCCUAGCAAUGCCGCCAUUCAAUCCACGGAGGGUAUGAGCAAAGAGGCCGGGCUUUGGUUCGGCAUUGGGCUGAAGAAGUCGUCAGAUCACUACACGGUUGUCCAUCAGUUGAACAGGCUGGGUCAGCGGAAGACUGCGUUUGCGCAAGAGCAGGCUGCGGCAGACAGACUCUGCCACGGCAUUUGCUGCGACACGGCGCAGGAUGCUCUCGACAAGUUGUUCUUCACUGUCAUGACCUCCCAAUCCGUUGUGGAAUCCGUCGCAGCUUGGAAGCGAGUACCGGGUGACAUGCUGGAGAUGUAUGGGGAGUUUGCGAUCCUGCAGCCAAUCCUUGCCAAGUCCUUGACUUCAGGUGUGGCAUAUGUACUGGGCGACCUGAUCGCGCAGAGAGUGGAAGCCCAUUCUACGAUAAAUGUCAGCCGAUGCAUCCACAACGGUAUCACAGGUUUGAUUCUGCACGGGCCCAUUCUGCAUUUCUGGAUUCUAUUCUUGGAAGGCCCUUUUUCCCAGUUGUUCAGCAGCGGAGACUCUCUGCUGGCUAUUGUUGCAAAAGUUGUUAUGGACCAGACGCUGUUCUCCGCAAUACUUAAUGCAGCUUACGCUCUCCUUCUGGGCAUUUUGGCGGGUAACACCCUUGAAGCAAGCAUUGCGCAUGUGCGGAAAACCGUGCCUCCAGCAAUGUUCUCAAGUUGGCGAUUUUGGCCAUUCGUCCAUCUAGUGACCUAUUCUCCGCUGAUGCCGAUUGAGUUCAAAGUUUUGUGGAACGAUGUCGCAGAGGUGGUAUGGGUUGCAAUUCUUUCUUACAUUGCCAACGUCAAGACCUGCAAAGCAUCAGGAGGCCAAGGUCCAUCUGACUGCGCAGACAAGGUGAGCGUGAGUGCCUGA